AUGUCCGGCCCGAACCUUCACAACGCUCUCCUCCGACCACCGAUUAUCCAGAUUUUACGCGCAACAGGGUUUCAUUCUACGCGUCCAUCCGUCCUCGAUACAAUCGCCGACCUUACCGCUCGAUACAUAAUGCUACUGGCAUCUUCCACAUCCGAACAUGCCGCGAACGCCCACCCACACGAUCCCGUACCCGUUCUAGAAGACGUUUAUCAAGCGCUACAAGACGCCGGCGCAUUGCGACCCCAACUACGAGAAUGGGAAGAAUGGUGGCAGGGGGAGGAAGAUCUGCGAGGACUAGAGGGGUUUCUAUCGUGGUUUGCGGGUCCGGCGAAUCGCGAGAUACGACGAGUCGCUGGUUUUGUUCCUAGUGAGGGCGAUGUGGUCGAUGCCGACUCUCUCGAGAAAGAGGACUAUCUCACGGCAUUGAAGAAGAAACACAGCAAAACGGGGGAGGAGUCUCGGUAUGCUGGGACGGUCCUGGGGAAGAAUGCCGAAGAUCAUCCGAUAGUCAUUGAAGGCGGUGCUGCAACGAUUCAGGAAUGGAGCUCUCAGAUGCGGUCGCGAGCGCCAUACAUGGCUGAUAGCGACUCGUCCGGUGUCAGCAGUGCUCCGAGCAAUCUUUCUGAUACCGAAGGCAUGGAGGUGUGA